CUCAUCGCUCAUCAGCCAAGUACAGUACCUACAGCAGAAGAAGGCUGAGCAGCGGUCAGCGGCAAGCGCAUGGCGGCCGUUCGAUCACCUGAACAGGCUCUGAAGCCAAGGCUGCCCAUGUCGCCCAGCAAGGCCAGCCUGCUACCGCAGAGCCCAAGCAAGGCACAACAACCUCUGUCACAUUCUGCCGUCUCGGCUGCUCAGACUGAAGCGCUCAUAGCCAAGAACGACAGUCGGCUGGUUAUCCACAAGCUUGUACUGCACGACUUCAAGUCCUACGCGGGUACACAGGAGAUUGGUCCCUUUCACAAGAGCUUUUCGAGUAUCGUCGGUCCCAAUGGUUCAGGCAAGAGCAAUACCAUCGAUGCCCUUCUCUUUGUGUUCGGCUACCGAGCUAGCAAGAUGCGUCAGGCCAAACUGAGCGAGCUGAUACACAACUCCGAGGGACGCGAGAACCUUCCCUCGUGCAGCGUGACAGUUCAUUUUCGCUCUAUCAUUGACUUGCCUCAUCGCGGUCCGGAUGCCUUUCACACGAUACCCAAUUCAGACAUUAUCGUCAUGCGAGAGGCUCUCAGGAACAACACGAGCAAGUACGUCCUCAAUGGCAAGACCAGCAGUUUCUCCCAAGUCACCACAUUGCUCAAGGCCAAAGGCAUCGAUCUCGACCACAAGCGCUUCCUCAUCUUACAAGGCGAAGUCGAGAGUAUUGCGCAGAUGAAGCCAAAGGCACCCAACGAGCACGAGGAUGGCCUGCUCGAAUAUCUAGAAGAUAUUAUCGGCACAUCCAACUACAAAGAAACCCUCGACAAAGCGCAGGCUGAAGUCGACAGCUUGAACGAGGAGCGUGGCGAAAAGAUCAACCGUCUCAAGCUCGUCGAACGCGAAAAGUCAGCCCUGGGUGCUCGCAAGAAGGAAGCGGAUGCUUUCCUGCUUGCGCAGAACGAGCUGGCUCAGUUGCAGAAUCGUCUCUGGCAGCGUCAGCGAUUGGAUGCACGAGGACACGCGGACAAUGCCCAGACAGAGCUCGCGGCAGCGAAAGAGCGACUCGCUGCAGAGGAUGCGCGACAGCAAGGUAUUCGGGACGAAGCUCAAGCACGACAGACCGAAUACGAUGAGAUUGCGAAAGAAUAUGCCGAAGUAGAGAGCCUUACAAAGGAGCUUGUUCAAUCUUUAGGUCAGCUAGAACGGGAGGAAGUCCAGCUGGUCGAACAGAAGAAGCACGCCUCCACGAAACUCAAGAAACUUUCAAAGAGCAUAGACGAAAGCAGAAAGACACUCCGCGAAUCCACAACAGCCGGCAAGAACUUCUCAGAGGAAAUACAGAUCAUCUCCCGCGAGAUUGAAGAGCUGGAGACACGUAUCGCCUCUGAAGAGAUCAAGCUAGAAGCGGUGCAAGAGAGCCUCAAAGGCAAGACUGAGGCAUUUACGCUCGCAAUACAGCAAGAACAGCGCGGUUUGGAACCGCUGACUGCGCGUGUUCUCGAAAAGCAGAUCGCUGUCGAUUCCGUCAGGGGCGAACGCGCUAUGCUCCUCGAAGCCGGCGAGACAGCUGCAAAGGAGCUUGCGGACGCUCAAGCGCGACUGGCAAGGGUUGCCUCGGAAAGCGCAACGGCUCAGAAAACGCUGUCUGAUCUCAUCAAGAAUAAGACGAAGCUCGACGACGAGCUGGCUACGCUUAACGAGCGCCAGAGAUCAUUAGCAGCGAGUGCCACAACUGUGAGAUUGGAAGCCAGCGCGGCCCAAAGCAGAUCAGAGGAAGCCAAGUCAUCUGGAACUGCUCGAACAAGUCGCGGCGCGGUAUUGCAGAGCUUGUUGAAGCUGCGCGAUCAAGGCAGACUGCCUGGCUUUCAUGGCCGUCUCGGUGAUCUCGGCCGGAUAGACGAUAAGUACGAUGUCGCCAUAUCUACUGCUGCUCCUGGGCUUGACAAUCUCGUCUGUGACAAGGUCGAGACCGCUCAGGCUUGCCUCGAGCAUCUUCAUCGCACACAGAUCGGCAGAGCAACUAUCCUCUGUCUCGAUAAGCUAUCGAACAAGGACAUGUCGCCGCCCGCUGCUCUAUCAUCUAUGCCGGCUGGUGUCGAAAGGUUGUACGAUCUCAUAACACCAUCGAAUGCGCGCUUCGCGCCUGCUUUCUUCCAAGUGCUCGGCAACACCCUCGUUGCGGGCAACUUAGCGGAAGCAAAGUUGGUAGCAUUUGGCAAACAGCGCUUCAGAGUGGUCACACGCGAUGGUAACCUCAUCGAUACGUCCGGCACGAUGUCUGGUGGUGGGAAUCGUAUCUCUCGCGGUGCCAUGAGCUCUCGCGCGCCUGUCGAAGAGUUCUCUCCUGCCGCUCUAGCAAAGCUGCAGCAAGACGCAGACGCUGCCAAUGCUGCUCUGUCUCGCCACACUGCUGAGCAGAAUGAGCUCGCCGAAAGCAUCAGUCGUUCGGAGCAACACAGAGCCCGACUCGCAAUUGACAUUUCCAAGAUCACACUCGAAGCUUCCUCCAACGAGAAGCGUUUGGCCGAUGCACAACGUCGCAUUUCUAGCGUCAGCUCGAGUGUCGAGCCUAGUACUGAGGAGCGCGCAAAGAUCAGGCAGCUCGACAGUAGCAUUGCCAAGCUCACGGUUGAAUUGGAGGCCGUCGAGGCAUCUGUGCUGCCCGCCCAACAGCGGAUCACAGAACUGCAGCAGAAGAUCAACGCUGCAGGUGGCACGGCUUUGCGCACACAACAAGUCAAGGUGCAAGAUCUCCGCGAACGAAUCGAGCACGCCAAUGAAAGGCUUACAAAGGCGGAAGUCGGCAAGGGCAAAGCAGAGCGCGAUCAAAGCAAAGCUGAGAAAAGUCUCGGUACCUUGGACGAGCAGAUUGCGGCCUGUCAGGCAGGCCUCUCGGUCGUCGAGCGUGAUCUUGCGGAAAAGACAAAGGCGGCGGACGCAGUACGUCGGGAGACCGAGAAUGCUCGGCUUGUGCUGGAUGACAAGACCGACGACCUCAAUAAGAUGAAGACAGAGCUCAAUGCGAAGCUAGCAGAGGUCAACAGAAUGUCCAAACAGCUCGUCGACCUCAACAGCGCCAUUGAUAAAGCAAAGCAAAAGGUCGAUGAGGGCCACAAGCUCAUCGAAACUCUCGGUGCAAAGCUUCAGAGACUUUCGCUGCAUGACCUAGCAGAUGACGACGAGAACGAAGACCAAGUGGCGGAAAAGGCACAGACAGCUGAACUACUCGAGCUCAGCGGGGAAGAGCUACGCGAGAUCGAGACCAACGUCACGAUUGCACGCAUUGCGGUACUGGAAGAACAAAUCGAUCAUGCCAAACCGAAUCUGUCGGUCUUGAAGGAGUAUCGCAAGCGCGAGGCAGAGUUCGCCACGCGCGCACAGGAGCUCGACGGUGUUACGACAAAGCGCGACGAAGCAAAGCAGGAACUUGAACGGAUGCGCAAACAACGCUUUGACGACUUUAUGGAAGGCUUCCACCAGAUAUCGAAUCAGCUCAAGGCGAUGUACCAGAUGAUCACACUCGGUGGAAAUGCCGAGCUUGAAUUAGUCGAUUCGCUCGACCCGUUCUCGGAAGGCAUCAUCUUCUCUGUCAUGCCACCUAAAAAGUCAUGGAAGAACAUUUGUAAUCUGUCCGGCGGCGAGAAGACCUUGUCAUCUCUAGCGCUUGUGUUUGCUCUUCAAACUUACAAGCCAACGCCAUGCUACUUCUUUGACGAGAUCGACGCUGCACUCGACUUUCGAAACGUCUCGAUCAUAGCUCACUGGAUCGCUGAUCGUGCUGGCAAGGAUGGCUCGAAGCAAGCUCAAUACAUCAUCAUCUCCUUGCGGAACGAUAUGUUUGAGCUUGCGCGUCGCCUCAGUGGCGUCUAUAAGGUGAACAACGCCAGUCGGACCUUGACCAUCAAGAACACCAAUCUCGCCGCGCUUUCGGCUUGAUGCAUCCUUGCAUGUUGUAUCAACAAUCACUGUUGUGCUCUGUUUGUACAAGCCACUGCUGGCUGAGCUCGAAGCCCGACUACUUUGUC